CAACGAAUGAAUCACCGUCAAGAGUGGUCUAGUAUCCUCGUCAUCUGUCAAACCCCAACGCAGUGUUCAAAUUCUCCCUCGUGCUUUGUCACUCCCAUGAACAGAAACGUACACCAGCCAAACCACAAAGCAGACAAGACAGAAAUGAUGAACACUUUUUUAAUAGAGAGCAGCUAGCGAGCGUCAGCUUUGGCCUGGCCUCUCUCUCUCUCUAUUUAUCUUCCAUCCAUCCACCUUUCUUUUCGAAAUUAGAUUCAAAUCUUCGAUCCAUAUAUGGCCUCCAACGCACUCUCUCUCCUCCCCUCCAUUUUCCGACACGAACCGACGUCUUCACCAUUACUGUCCACAAGGUCGUCCAAGCUGGCUAGGAGGACCACCAGAUUGGCCAUUUCCACAGACCAAACUCCAGUCUUCACGACGUCAACGGCGACUGCUUUAUCAGAGUCAGACAAGUCCAAGUCCAAGGAAGAGCACUUGGCUCUGGAGGACGACGGUGGUGAUCAAGCAUCGGAAGAGCGUGCGAGCUUAAACCAGUUCUUUGAGCAAGCCAAGGGUCUUCUCAGAUCGGACGACCAGUACGGCACUGGAACUGGACCACCUCGCUGGUUCUCGCCUAUAGACUGCGGGAGCGGGAUCCCCUCCAACCAUGAUUCCCCUCUCCUUCUCUUUUUGCCUGGAAUUGAUGGCACCGGACUUGGCCUUGUAAGGCAUCAUCAGAAACUUGGAAAGAUUUUUGAGGUCUCGUGCUUGCAUAUCCCUCCUAAGGAUCGAACACCGUUUACAGACUUAGUGAGGCUGGUUGAGAGAACAAUUCGUUCAGAGCAUGAUGCCUCACCCGAUCGUCCCAUAUAUCUUGUUGGAGAAUCUCUUGGAGCAUGCCUUGCACUAUCUGUGGCAGCCCUUAACCCGGAUAUCGACCUUGAGCUUAUUUUAGCAAAUCCAGCAACAUCCUUCAGCAAGUCACCACUUCAAGCUCUAUUACCUUUACUGCAGUUCAUGCCUGACUCUCCCAAUCUUAGCCUUCCUCAUAUACUGAGUACAAUUACAGGUGCAAUGGUGGCUAGUCUGGAGAAGGGAGUUGGAGGACUUCCACUGCCACAGACAGUUGGAAAGCUAUCACGGGAUAUUAUUGAACCAUCAAUAUCUAACCUUUCUGUUCUUGCUGAUAUCUUACCCAGAGAAACACUUCUCUGGAAGCUACAAAUGAUCAGUACAGCUUCUUCAUAUGCCAAUUCACGCCUCCAUGCUGUAAAAGCUCAUACUGUGAUAGUAUCCAGUGGAAGAGAUCCAUUGCUACCUAGUCAAGAGGAAGGUCAAAGACUCAAAAGCCUGCUUGCAACUUGUCAGGUCCGUACAUUUGAAGACUGCGGCCAUUUCCUCUUCUUGGAAGAUGCUUUUGAUUUGCUAACUGUCAUCAAGAAUGUUGGUAUCUAUCGUCGUUCUAAAGAACGAGACUUUGUUUCAGAUUACAUACCACCAUCACCUUCCGAAGUUAAAGGCAUAAUGGAAAAAAACAGAUGGUUUAACAUAAUCAUGAGCCCAGUGAUGCACUCAACUUUAGCAGACGGGAAGAUAGUGAGGGGCUUUGCCGGGAUUCCUACAGAGGGUCCUGUAUUGUAUGUUGGUUAUCACAUGUUACUGGGAUUUGAAAUAGUUCCCUUGGUGACGCAACUGUUCGAACAAAAAAACGUCCAUCUGCGAGGGAUAGCACAUCCAAUGAUGUUUCUCAAAAUGAAAAAUGGAAGUUUACCUGAGUUAACAUUAUACGAUGAUUUCAGACUUAUGGGCGCUGUUCCUGUCUCGGGAAAAAACUUUUUCAAACUUCUCUCUACAAAGUCUCAUGUCCUACUCUAUCCAGGUGGAGUGCGUGAGGCUCUUCACCGGAAGGGGGAAGCAUAUAAGUUGUUCUGGCCGGAACGGUCAGAAUUUGUGAGGAUGGCAGCUAGAUUUGGAGCCAAAAUCGUACCUUUUGGUGCUGUUGGAGAAGAUGAUAUUGGUGAUCUACUUCUCGAUUAUGAAGACCAGAUGAAAAUUCCUUUCCUUAGGAAAUCUAUAGAGGACUUAACGGCUGAAGCUGCAAAAGUGAGGUCCACCGUUGAUGGGGAGAUUGGAAACCAAGCUAUGCACCUUCCAGGAAUUGUACCGAAAUUUCCUGGCCGGUUUUAUUAUAAAUUUGGGAAACCAAUUGAAACAGCAGGGAGGAAGCAGGAAUUACGAGACAGGGAGAAAGCUCAUGAACUAUAUUUGGAAGUAAAAUCGGAGGUUGAGAAGUCCCUUGCUUAUUUGCAGAAAAAAAGAGAAAGUGAUCCUUACAGAAACCUCGCGGCUCGGUUACAAUACCAGGCCAUACACGGGUUUACGUCUGAAGUUCCUUCAUUUGACCUUGAUUAAUGGAGUACGUGCCGGCCAGCACGCUUCACGCAGUCCAUUGACAUGAACGGAAUGUUGGAUCAUAUAGUUGUGAAUUCGGUUACUUGGUUUAAUACACACAUGCAGCACAGGCUCAUCAGUCCCGGAAAGAAAGAGAAAAAGGCACAAGACAGAAGAGGCCUCAGCCUCUGCAUUAAGAAGAGACCACAUGCACCUGAAUUUGUGAAGUAGUCAUUUUUUGCAACUUGUAAUUUCAAACAUGCCAUCAAUUUAUUAUUCCAAUGGUGAUAAGUCCAUCA